CCAGGUGAGAAGUGUCCCAUAGUAGUGUAGAGAACUGGUGUGCGUUCAUAUACCUAGUGUUUAAAAUUGAGCUUCAUGGUUUUCUUAAGUUCAGGCAGUGAGAGGCACGUGAAGACAACCUGUGCAAAUAAGUUAUGAGGCCAGGAGGACACAACUUAUUCUAGAGACUAUUCUGCGACAGAAUGCUUCCUGCACCCGGAAAUGGAGUGCUGAUUGAACAGACCUGCAGUUAACCACAACUGGUUAUAUACACGAUAAUCGGUUAUGUAUUGGUAAUGUUCAUGCUAAUGAUUCUUGCAAAAAUUCUCUUGCGAUUGCUAUAAACUUUUUCAGGAAAAAUGAACAUUUCAACUCAAAUGCUCUACUUUUAUUAUUCAAGUCCCGAUCACAGCUUAUAAGUAACCUUUGCCGCCUUGCUAUUUUUUUUUUCAGCGUCAGCCCGCCCGCUUCGCUGCGAGGGAAUGGCCUCCUUAUUUGAAGAUAACAUUCGUCACCUCACCUUCGCCAUGUCAUCGGCAUCGACUGAUGGAUCAUCAUCGGCACACUACUUAAGAAGUCGGUGCCCCUGGAAUCCUCUUAGUGGGUAUGGAAGUACGGCAACUGUUUCUUGAUGCAGAAAUGCUUAAGCGUGACUUUUUCCCCAUGGACGCCGUUGUCAUCGAUUUCACAGUACCCUCGUCAUGGAACCAAAAAUACAACACUAUCAACAGUAUCACGAAGUGGACGGCUAUUACAUCAGCAAAAGCUUUGCAGAAGAAUGCGUCCGUUCAGCUCUCCGCUACAAGGCGCAGCCGGGAGACCUAUUCAUCGUCAGCUACCCCAAGUGCGGGACAACAUGGAUGCAGCACAUUGUAUACAACAUCAUAAACAAUCACCCUCCCCCCAGAAAUCAGCUGCUCAGCUGCAUAGAGAUGCCUUUCCUCGAAGCCCAAGGAGCCGAAUCUGUCAAGGACAUGAAGAGACCCGGCCCAAUAAAGACACACAUGGCUUUCCGAUUCCAACCUUACUCGAAUGACGCCAAGUACAUCUACGUAGCGAGAAACCCGUACGACUGUUGCGUGUCUCAUUUCUACCACACCAGGAACGUGCCCAUCUACCGCUUUCAAGAAGGCACGUUCGAUCAGUUCUUCGACAUGUUCGUGGAAGGCAAGGUCGAUGUUGGCGACUACUUCGACCAUUUGCUUUCGUGGUAUGAGCAUCGAAAUGAUCCGAACGUCUUGUUCGUGACCUACGAGCAGCUCAAGAAGGACACAAAGGCUUGGGCCCUGAAAAUCGCUGACUUUAUUGGGAAAGAGUUCGGCCAGAAGCUGCGGAGUGACAACAGUCGGUUAGAGAGCAUACUACUGAACGUCGGCUUUAAGAACAUGAAAGAAGCUCUUAACGAUUCUAUAAAAGCCUUAUUCGAUGAUCUCGAUACCGCACUCGGUACAAAGGUGCCCAAAUCAGUCGCACUUCUGAGGGAAUCGAUAGGAGCUGAGGCCUGCGAUAGGCCGAUGACAGGCGAUUUCGUUCGCAAAGGUAUCGUCGGUGAUUGGCGGAACCACUUCUCGGAAGACCAGGUGAAGCGAUUAAAGAAGAGGCUUCAGGAGAAAACACUAGGCAGUGAUGUCAUGGAUUUGUGGAAGGACGCCGAUAUUCCGCACUGAUUGCUUAAUGCUAAACUUCCGGCGAUUUCGCGAGGCUCGUAAUAGUUAUGAAAAGCGAACGGAUAAGGUACUGCUUCCUUACGCUUGGUGAUGUUCCUUUAGUUUCCUUGCGCUUAUAUAUAAUAAACGAAAGUGCUAGGGGAAUUUUUGCCGAAAUCGAGAUUGGAGGAAUAUAUUAAACGUAAGAGUUCUACAAGUGCACGAGUUGUUUUUCUGUUUACGGAUGCCUCAUG